AUAAAAGGUUCUCUUAUAUAUAUUCAUAUAUCUAUAAAAAAAAAAAUUCAAUAGCUACACAUAUCUUCCCUUUACUUUAAGACUCCAAAAGUACAAAGCAAAAGAAAAAAAAAAAAAAAAAUUUCCCUCCACAAUUUUCAAAAAAAACAUCGCGUUUUUUCCAUCACGAUUUUCUCUUUCAGAACACUCGCCUGCCUAUCGUCAUGAACAACACCAUAGGAGAUGGCAUUGAAGGUACUCAAGAUCACAACAUAGGUGAAAAAAACUUUGAAAAUUAUGGCUAUGGCAUUGGAUUUUCCUUAUUAAUUCUCAUUAUACUUAUACUCAUUACCUAUUCUUCUUACUUAUACAUUGGUAAAAGAUCAAGUACCAAUAAUUCCUCUUCACAUAAUAUUGUCAACAACAACAAUACAUCCAACACAAUUGAAAAUCAAUUGAUUUUCAUUCAACAAGGUCUUGAUGAAACUACUUUGAGUAAUUAUCCAAAAUUACUUUAUUCACAAGCUAAGGUUCAUCAUAAAAGAGAUUUUUUAAUUUCUUCUGGUUGUUCAAUUUGUUUAGCUGAUUAUAAAGAUAAUGAUGAACUUAGGUUAUUGCCUGAUUGUGACCAUAUUUUUCAUGUUAAGUGUAUUGACCCUUGGCUUAGACUUCAUCCUACAUGCCCAAAUUGUAGAAGUUCACCUUUUCCAUCUCCAAUGCCUACUCCUUUGGCUGAGGUGGUUCCUUUGGCUACAACAAGGCAAAGUUGACGAGUCAGAAAAAACUUACCCGCACCUGAUGUUAUGAUGCUAUGUUGCUCGAACGCUUCAAAAAUAGUGUUGGAUGUGUGUCAGAUCUGACCCGGGUGCAGCAACAUUUUUUUCUUUUUGACCAUUUUCUUUUCUUUUUGUAUGUAAAUGGGCAAAGUUGACGAGUCGGGAAAAACUUACCCACACCUGAUGUUAUGCUAUGUUUGCUCGAACGCUUCAGAAAUAGUGUUGGGUGUGUGUCAGAUCUGACACGGGUGUAGCAACGUUUUUUUCUUUUUGUUGUAUGUAAAUGAUCCACAUGUACUGUUGUAAUUUGUAUAUGUUAGGUUGAUUAAUUGGUAUGUGGAUGAAGUCCUACAAAAGGGAGUUUUGUACAAUCAUAAUCUUUCAUUUUUCUUCAAUUUUUAUGAUAUUCUUGUUAUUCAUAGGAUGGUGUUGUAUAU